AGAAGAGCGCGCUCUCCAUCAUCAUCAGCAGCCAGCGCCAGCCAGCCAGCGAGAAUUUCGUUCGGGGUGAAGACGUUUUUUGCCAGCGAAAUUCGUAGUUUAAUUAGUGGUUCCAGCGCGGAAAACACUCCCUCACCACCGGAACCAGCUGCCGCGGCCAUCGUGCGACGCCAGCUACACAUCACUUCGCUCUCACUCAUCGUCGACUUGCCGUCUGUUAAUUGUGCGCGGCGCGAAUUAUUCUACAUAAUAAAUCAGCUCGAAAAUGUUCAUCUGGGACUGGUUCACCGGCGUGCUCGGCUAUCUGGGUCUGUGGAAAAAGUCCGGCAAGCUGCUCUUCCUCGGUCUGGACAAUGCCGGCAAGACGACGCUGCUGCACAUGCUCAAGGACGACCGGCUGGCACAGCACGUCCCCACGUUACAUCCCACGUCCGAGGAACUGUCGAUCGGUAACAUGAGAUUCACCACAUUCGAUCUGGGUGGUCACACACAGGCCCGUCGUGUCUGGAAGGACUACUUCCCGGCGGUGGACGCGAUCGUGUUCCUGAUCGACGCGUGGGACCGCAGCCGGUUCACCGAGAGCAAGAACGAGCUGGACUCGCUGCUGACGGACGAGGCCCUCUCGAACUGCCCGGUGCUCAUCCUGGGCAACAAGAUCGACAAACCGGGCGCGGCCAGCGAGGACGAGCUGCGGAACCACUUUGCGCUGUACCAGCUGACGACCGGCAAGGGAAAGGUUGCCCGCAACGAGCUGCCCGGUCGUCCGCUCGAGCUGUUUAUGUGUUCCGUGCUAAAGCGACAGGGUUACGGCGAGGGUUUCCGCUGGCUCGCACAGUACAUCGACUAAUAAUGGGGUCGCGUCACCAGAGAAGUAAGCGAAAGGAAGAAAAAAAAACAAAAGCAAACAAUAGAAUCAAGCAAAAAACCGGAAACAACGCGAGAGUAGGGCGACAACGAUGAUGGAGGGAAAGAGCGAACCAUUGCAGCCGCUGAAUUUAAGGGCAAAUGUGUUGCCAGAGUGGGGGGCGUUUUAGGGCGUUAAACCAAGUGGGGUGGGGUUAAGAAGUAUUUAGGGACGAGUGAUAUUUAAUAAAAACUGAGAAAAUAGUGAAUCCAAUUGGAGCAGCAGCUUUGUUCAGCUCUACAAACACACCGGACAGAAUUCUGUAGCGACGUCACAUUUUUCAAUACUUAACAGGAACCAAAUUGCGAGUUUAGGCAGAAUUCGAGAUCAACACUCUUGUACUAUGCUAUAUUUGUAAUAUUUUUUUUUUCGUUAGUUUCUGUUCGUCUCACCACUUGCUAUGUACGUUUUCAUGUUCUUUUCGUUUGGCUUCAAACAGUAUCGCGAAACCACUUCCAGGAAAUAAAACAAAAAGUAAUAGACAAAUUUUAAACAAAACCAUUUCACACCGAACAGUAAGCUAAAAGACAUGCGUUGUGCAUUUGGGGUAGAAGAAGCAAACAAUACAUGCAACCAUCACCGAUCAGAUUUGACAUAAGAAUGAGGCAAGCGACCGGACGACCACGCGCGUCGGAAGGACAGUAAACAACCCGGAAAUAGUGUAUCUACCAAUCAAACAACAGAAGAAGGAAAAAAAAACAAACUCCAGAAUUUUUAGAUAUAAAAAGAACUAUAAUCCGUA